AUGGCAGCAAUCAAGAGAAAAGACCCAGCACUAUACACCUUGACCGCAGGUUCAAUUGCAGGCGCUAUCGAGGCUAUGAUCACAUAUCCAACCGAGUUUGUCAAGACACAGCUUCAGUUGCAGGAUGGCACCAAAGGCGCUGCUCGCAAGGGGGUUCCUGCACCCAAGGGUCCCAUCGACAUCCUCGUCACCACAGUCAGGACACAGGGUGUCUCCGCCGUCUAUAGGGGGCUGUCCGCGAUGGUCAUUGGAAAUACCGCCAAGGCUGGCGUUCGCUUCUUUGCUUUCGACCAGUUCAAGGACCUCCUCAAGGACUCUGAGGGCAAGACCACCGGCGCACGAUCUGUCCUCGCGGGACUGGGAGCAGGAAUGACAGAGGCGGUAUUGGUAGUUACGCCCUCAGAAACCAUCAAGACUAAACUCAUCCAUGACGGCAACUUGGCGAAACCACAGUACAAGGGCCUCGUUCAUGGUGUGCAAUCGAUUAUCAAGGCGGAGGGAUUGGGAGGAAUCUAUCGUGGCGUGGUCCCAGUGAUGGCCCGUCAGGGAGCCAACAGUGCAGUUCGCUUUGGAGUCUACUCUACAUUGAAUGACUUGGUCAAGUCAAAACUGGAACCCGGAUCCAAGAUGCCUGCCACUUACACAUUCGGAAUUGGAGCCAUUGCCGGAAUUAUUACGGUGUAUACAACCAUGCCUCUGGAUGUGGUCAAGACUAAGAUGCAGGGACUCAAUGCUCGUCAGCUCUACAGUGGAGUCUUCGACUGCGGGUGGAAGGUGUUCAAGAACGAAGGAGUGUUGAGUUUCUGGAGUGGAGCCACCCCAAGACUUGCGCGUCUUUCUAUGUCUGGUGGAAUCGUAUUCAGUAUCUACGAAAGCACAAUGACCGUCCUCCGUCGAAUCGACGACGACUCCAGUCCCAUCCGUACAUGA